CGCCCUCCCCGAAGUAUUUCUUUCAAACCCCCUCCUGCUUUAAAAGCAUAACCGCCCCGGGCUGCUCAUCCCACCUAACCGCCUGCACGGCUCCUUCCCGGGUCUCCCUGAACCCAAGGCUGGUUUUUGGCGGGGGGGAGCUGGUGUCAAAUCCGCUCUGCGCGGCCUGACCGUCUUCGUCCUGGUGGACACCGAAAGGGCCUGUGGUUUCUGUCUCUCUUUCAGAACCAGAUGGUGGACCGCUGUGAAAAGAUCCAGCUGCAGAGCGCUUCCAUCACCAGAUUUGUGGCAGAGGUCCUGCCGGAAAAGAAACAGCGUGUUGUGAGCGCUGCCAGCAGAGCCCGGGAGGGCCUCAUUCAGCGCCUGAACUUCAUUAGGCACGUAUGCGACAGCGAAGAGCAGCGGCUGCUGGAAGCGGCCCAGACCGAGGAGGAGCGGGCCCAUCAAAGCAUCCUGACCCAGGAGGUGCACUGGAAGGAGUCGCUGCAGAAACUGGACGCCCUCCGGUCAUACCUGGUGGCCAGGAUCACCACCACCGACGACUGCAGCCUCGUGCAAGCAGAGGAGGAGAUCUCCCUGAGGGCUGAGGAAGCCGAGGGGAUCCUGAGGCCCCACGAAUCAAAAGAGUUAAGCUUCCAUCCGCAGUGUGUCCACAGCCCGCUGGCAAGACGGCUCUGGGCUUCAGCUGUUCUCUGCUGGGCCUCAGAUGACAUUCGCAUUGAUGAGAAAACGGUCGGCCCCUUCUUGGCCCUCUCCGACGACAGGAGGACGUUGACCUUCAGCCCCAAGGCGGCCCAGAGACCAGACCUGGAUGACCCCGCUCGUUUCGAUCACUGGCCCAAUGCCUUGGCUGGGGAAUCCUUCCGUGCAGGCAUCCACGCGUGGCGAGUCAACGUGAGCAAGAGCUGUGCAUACAAACUGGGCAUCUCCUACAACUCACUACAGCGCAAGGGGGCUGGACCCGAAGCCCGCCUGGGCUACAAUCUCUUCUCCUGGAUCUUUUCCCGCUAUGAUCGUGAGUUCCAGUUCUCACACAACGAUCAGCACCUGACCAUGAAGCUGCUCAAGUGCCCUGCAGAAAUCGGGGUCCUGGUUGACUUGGACAAAGGCGAGCUUGUGUUCUAUGACCCCGACUCCUGCACUGUUCUCCACAUGCACCAAGAAACCUUUGCUGCCCCCGUCUACCCAGUCCUGGCCGUGGCCGAUCAAAGCAUUUCCCUGGUGUGAGAGCAACUGGGAAGGUGAGGGAAGGGGCCCGCGUCCCCAUGAUCUGGCGUUAGGGUACAACCGUGUAUUGCAACCCAGAACGUGGCUCUGACCCUAGGAUGGCUUAACAAGAAAGGCGACUUGCCUUACCGUGUCGCUAGCAAAGGAAGUACGUGUUGGGCUGCCUGGAGAAGAGACGGGAUAGAAAGGUUCCGUGUAAUGAAACAUCAAGGAAUCUUUCACAGAUCAGUUGCAACUGCAAAUUUAGUCUGUAAACGGUCACCUGGAAUAGGCAAGAGGGCUCUGGAAUACUCCAAAUCAAUAAAGUUCUUCCAAUCUG